GCGACAUUCAUCCUCCGGAAAAGCUUCGCAAUUUCUCUCUCUUCCCCCCUCUCUCUCUCUCUCUAAAAUCGGAGAGAGAGAGCAACCAGCGAUUCUCCGCCAUAUCGUCGGCCACGAGAGAGAGAGGAAUCGGAUAGCAUGAGGCGGGCAGCGAUUCCCGUGCCUCUUUCUUAGGGUUUCCGUCAUCGCGAGACUCGCCCCAUUGCGCGACGCUUUUCUCGGCCCUCGUUCCGACGUACAUUGCUUCGAUCAUCGGUGUUUCUCUUUGCUCUUUGGCAGUUUGAUCGGUUUCGUGUCGUUCUGCUUCGCGGGUUCGACAUUUUGGCGCGGUCGCUGCGAGCUGGACUUUGUGAAGAUUGAGAUAUAUGUUAGACCGUCCCUCCGGUCUCAAUGGUUUGCCCAGUUGGGAGUGGGAAAAUGGCUGUUUUGGCUCGGGUUCUUGCGGGAGGCAGUUUCUCCAACACAGCAGAAAAGGAAGUUAGCCAUCAGAAAUUAUUGGCUCAGCACAUUUUUAAGGAAUUUCGUGAGGCUGAUGAAGCAAAUUUGCUCGAUGAGGAAGACAUGCAUGUAUAUGGUUUGAAGCCUAUGGCUGAUCAACUGCAUUUGGUAUGUUGCAAUGCAUGUAAGAAGCCAAUCAAGGCCAGUCAAUAUAUGGCUCAUGCAGAUAUCUGUAGGUUCUUGAAUUCUACACAAGAAGCUAUUGCGGUGCCUAAUGGCACUGGAAGGGGCAAAAGACCACCUAGGAAGGAGAGAAAAAAGUCCACCACUCCCAAGCAGGGAUUUACUGUUGGAGAGCAAGGAAAUUAUGAAUUUGUGAAGGAUACCAUCACUGUUGCAUCACAGUUUCGUUACAAUGGAAACCAGCAAUCAUCUUCUUUGUGUUUGGAGGUCAAAGAAAAUUCAGCUAGUCAAGUUGUUCCAAGAAGUAAAGAUGAUCCAGGAGUUAUCCCUAGAAAUGCUGAUGAGUCAGCAAGUCAAAUGCGUCCUCCUGUGAAACGCUCUAGAUUGAUAGCAGGGGAGCAUAUGUCUGAAACAGAUGAUCAAGAAACAGAUUCUGGUAUCACUAGAAGUAGGGAUUUCCUAAAAGAAUCACUUCCGGAACAAGAAACAAAGAAUGGUUGUGCUAUCGGCUAUAAGAAUCCCUUGCAAAUUUGUACAUAUAGCCAAUUGACACAAGGUACUCCUUUGCCCCUUGCUAGCAAAAUAUAUUACUCUCAGAGAAACAAUCGUCUCCGAUCAGCUAUCAGCCAUCUUUAUUACAUGACAUCUACUGAUGGGCUUCUUGAUGAAUUGGAAUUGAGAGAUGCACAGCCAUCGCCUUUACUGCAAGAACCUGAACCGGUUCUUUCGAAAAGUUCGUCAUUAUGUUCAGAUAUCUCUGCAGUAUCUUUGCCACCAUCACAAGUAUCAAAUUAUCUAUCCGCUGAUAAUUCUUUGAGGCCUCAGGAUGCUCCAAUUCAGUUAAUGAAAAGCAGAACGUUUCCCAAUGGUUAUUCUUUUGCUGGUGACCCAGGCAAACCGCUGAGCAUACAGCAGCCAGAUGGAAGUGUUUCAGUUUCAUAGAAUCGUGACUCGGAAUUUUUUGUUAGGCGACGGUGUAAGUAGCCAUUACAUGAGGUUAGAGUCAAUUUUUGAGAAUCAAUCUUAACCAUCAUUAAAUUGUUCAUUCCUGUCUCCUAUACUGCCAAUGCUCAAAUUGUUCUUUUUGGGCAAUUGGCAUGAAUUGUUCAUAUUCGGUAAAUAUGAUAUCAAAUCUUUUUCUGGCCA